AUGAACGCGUUAGAUUUCUUGGCACAACUGAGUCAUGUGAAGGCAAUCAAUAAAUGGACUGAUACGUCGCUCGAUCAAUUGCUAGAAUUGCUUAAAGGUGCAUUUCCGCUUGCUAGACUCCCACCUUCAACCUAUGAAACCAAGAAGAUAAUGAAAAAGGUUGGGCUAGGAUACAGAUCGAUUCAUGUUUGUAAGAACGAUUGUUGUUUAUUUUGGGGGAAAGAUAACCAAGAUCCGCAACAUUGUCCCAAAUGUAAAGCAAGCAGAUGGAAGGAUGCAAACACUAAGGGGAAGAAAGUUGCCAACAAGGUUAUGCGUUACUUUCCAUUAAUUCCCAGACUAAAGCGUAUUUAUAGCUCAAGAUACACUGCAAAAGAUAUGACAUGGCAUGCCACAGGGCGUUGCACGGAAGAUGGUAAGCUACGUCACCCAGUGGAUGGUACAUCAUGGAAAGACUUCGAUUCAAUGUAUCCUGCUUUUGCUGCUGAACCUCAAAAUGUUAGAUUAGGGUUAGCAGCCGACAGUUUCAAUCCAUUUGGCAACAUGAGUACUUCUUAUAGCAUGUGGCCAGUUAUAUUGACAACAUAUAAUACGCCGCCUUGGUUAUGUAUGAAAGAGACUUCAUUCAUGUUGACAUUGUUGAUUCCCGUUCCCAAAUCACCUGGGACAGAUAUUGAUGUCUUUUUGAGGCCAUUGGUUGCUGAAUUGAAAACUCUUUGGUCGGAUGGAGUCGUAACAAAAGAUGUUGUCGCUAACAGCUUCUUCACAAUGCGUGCAAUGCUUUUAUGGACCAUCAAUGAUUUCCCUGCUCGUAGUAGUUUGUCUGGUUGGAGUGGCCAAGGUUACAUGGCAUGCCCAACAUGUAAUAAAGACACUCCAUCUGAACCUGUCAUUGGAAAAAUUGAAUAUGUUGGUCAUAGGAUAUAUUUAGACAAGAAUCAUAAAUGGAGGAAGGACAAGUCAUUUAAUGGUAAGUGGGAGACUAGAGAUCCUCCUGGAAGAAUAACCAAUGAUCAAAUAUGGGAAAAACUUAGUAAUUUGCCUCCCCGUAUUCCUGGUAAACAUGUUGGUAAGAAGAGAAAACGUGACCCAAAGCUUGAAUUUAAUUGGUCCAAACGCUCUAUCUUCUUCGAGCUUGAAUAUUGGUCUUUUAGUUCAACUAAAGCAUAA